CUUUAGUAUCCUACCAACUCAACUGAGUUCCAUUCCUAAUCAUUUUCCGGAUCUAAAAAAAUGGACCAAAUCCAGCACAAGUUCAUAGACGUAGCACGAGGACUGAAGCUCCACUUAGCCGAGAUCGGAAGUGGUCCUCAUGUGGUCGUGUUUCUGCACGGGUUUCCCGAGAUAUGGUACACGUGGCGGCACCAGAUGAUGGCUGUAGCAAAUGCCGGUUUCCGAGCGAUCGCACCUGAUUACAGAGGGUACGGCCUCUCUGACCCACCGCCAGAACCAGCAAAGGCUUCGUUUACUGAUUUUCUAACUGACCUGCUUGGAAUUCUUGAUGCCCUCCAACUUCCCAAGGUUUUUCUUAUUGCAAAGGAUUUUGGAGCUCGGCCUGCCUACUUAUUUGCCAAUUUGCACCCAGAGAGGGUCCUGGGAGUUGUAACAAUGGGAGUGCCAUAUUUGCCCCCAGGUCCCACUACAUUCCAUAAGUACCUGCCUGAAGGCUUCUACAUUUCAAGAUGGCGGGAGCCUGGACGAGCAGAAGCUGAUUUUGGGCGCUUCGAUGCUAAAACGGUUGUAAGGAACAUUUACAUCCUCUUUUCCAAAAGUGAAAUACCAAUAGCUGCAGAAAACCAAGAGAUCAUGGAUUUGGUUGAUCCAUCUACUUCUCUUCCCCCUUGGUUCACGGAGGACGAUCUUGCAGCAUAUGGAGCUUUGUAUGAAAAAUCUGGAUUCCUAACUGCGUUACAAGUUCCAUAUAGGUCAUUUGGUGAGGACAUCAACAUGACAGAUCCAAAAGUUAAACUUCCAGCACUUCUGAUUAUGGGUGGUAAGGAUUAUGUCCUCAAAUUUCCAGGCAUGGAGGACUACCUUAAUAGUGGAAAGGUGAAAGAGUUCGUCCCAAAUUUGGAGAUCACUUUUUUGCCAGAAGGAACCCAUUUUGUUCAUGAGCAGUCACCUGAUGAAGUGAAUCAGCUAAUCCUCUCAUUCCUUGGCAAGCAUGCUUGAUCAUAGACACUUUAAUUACAGUUAGUUGUCAUGAAGAUUGUCUAAGCUUGGACGAGUUGUGAAAUAUUAAACACAUGUAUUGUAUUGAUAUCAGAGUAAUUUCAAUAAUCAAGCGUUUGUGUAUUUAUAGACAGAUUAAAACUGUGUUUCGUCAGUGUUGCAUGCGUUAAUGUUUUAAAUGCUAUGAAAUAGUGUACACAUCCUCUGUUGCUUGAGCUCUUGUUGAAAUCUAUGAUAAAGAAGAAUGG